GCAACUUAUCAUUCAAGGUUCACUUGCUGAGCGGAAAACAUCAGUGAGUCUUCUUUCCAAUUAUUGUUAAGUGAAACAUAGUGACGCCGGAGUAUUUUGAAACUGCACGUCGAUUGUGCUGAAAAUAUUACUAAAAACCAAUAAGUGAAAUUUCUAUUUUCGAUAUGGAGUGCUACAAAAAGUGCCCUUUAAAAAAGCGGCCAAUCAACUACAACAUUGAUGCAGUGGAAGAAGGACCUGAGAACUUAUCAACGAAACCAGAAGACUUGUCGAUUAAACGAAGAUUAUGCGAAGAUGGAGAAGUUAUUGAUACAAAGCGAUUUCGAUAUUCAUCAAGUGACGAUAGAGCUUAUUACUACAUGAGUCCUUUGGCUUGGAACAAUUCUGAAAUAGACCAACGAUCAGUGUCUCCCUCAACAGAUUCCUGCACUUCUGGCGAUUACUUUAGAGAGACUUCUGUUUCACCACCAGCUUCAAAUCCCAGCUACCAAAAUAUACACUCAAGGGUACACACACAAAAGACAGAGUAUUUAUGCGUACAGACGGAGAAUAAUUGGAGCUUUCCAGGUCACCGCUUGUCGGAUGGAUAUGCGAUCUCACCAUACCCAUUUCAAGAUCCGAGCGAGCCUCAAGAUUUAUCAAUGAAGAGUUUUAUACCACUUCCAGCCUUGUUGCACGACUUUGGUAAUGAAAAGCUAAACUCACAAGAGAAGGCGAAACUGCACCCGCGAUUCAACUGCCAAAGUUGCGGCAAAUCGUAUACAACUUUUUCGGGCCUAUCGAAACAUCAACAAUUUCAUUGUCCAGCGGCGGAAUGUAAUCAGAUUAAGCGGUUCUUCAAUUGUGAACAUUGCGAUAAAUCCUAUACAACUUCGGGCGCGCUGAAAAUGCAUAUCCGCACUCAUACUCUUCCUUGCAAAUGCCCUACUUGUGGAAAAGCAUUUUCCCGGCCAUGGCUCCUGCAAGGUCAUAUUCGAACGCACACUGGGGAAAAGCCUUUUAAAUGUCAAUAUUGUGCGCGAGCAUUCGCCGACCGGUCCAAUUUGCGGGCUCAUCUUCAAACGCACGCAGAAGUGAAAAAGUAUGUUUGCACGAUUUGUAACAAAUCAUUCUCCCGAAUGUCUUUACUUACAAAGCAUAACGAAGGAGGAUGUGCUCUGGGGAUAACAGCAAGAGGAGCAUCGGCCGCGAUGUUUUUCCUGUCUUAAUCGAUUUAAGCGGCUUAGAAUACAUCGUUUCCAAAUUCUCACUUCCUUAGUUGGAAGUAAGAAAUUUGGCAUCAUGGAUGAUCUCCUUUGUUUAAUAUGUAAUAUAUGUAUUUUAACGAUGUUGGUCAUAAAUUUAGUAGUAUUGUUUUGAGGCUUAUAUACCAAAAAUUAGAAUACUUAAAAUACCCACAUAUAAAAUAAAUAAUUUCUAGUCUAUUCAAAGUUACAAUUUUAUAUGCUUGUUGAGAAGAAUAUUCAAUAAAUGUUACAUAAUUUUAUACUUAUACAUUUUGAAAAUUACGUAUUGAUUUUGUAUUUUUUUUUGGUCUUUUAUAAUUCUUAUUCUAGCAGCUUUAUGAAAAAGUUCGUCAAUAGAAAGUGUGAGGUUCUCUAAAGGUGCACACUAUAGGACGUUGGCCAAAUAAGAGUCUUAUUUUUUUAAAUGGAUAUAGUACUGCGAAAAACUAUGGUAUUAUUGUAAAUAUUUAUCAUGAGGCUUAACCAUUCUGAAUAUGCUAGUCAGUUUUAUACAGAAAUGAAUAAACCGAAAAACAAUUGUAUCCAGUGCUUGUGGAGAUUUAGGCACUGAUGAUUGCAUUUGUUGUGUAUUGCUUUUAUAA